AUGGCAUUCGUUCAACUUAAACGUGAAGCGCGAAAGAAAAGUCUUACAGAAUCCGUGCCAUCUGCUCCUUUGAAUUUCGAUGUCGUACUCACUGCUCCCAACCAGGUGAAACUGACAUGGGAUCGUCCAUUGCAUGUGAAUGGACAUAGCAAUUUCGGCGGUUACUAUGUGUACGUGGAAAAGCUGCUGAAUGGCGAGCCUGUGAAUCGACGCCGUUCCAAAUACGAUGUGAUCAAUGACCUUUCGAAACGUUACUGGGAGAUCGAUAAGUUAGAGCCGAAUACGGAAUACGCGUUCAGAAUGAAUGCGUUUAAUCGUAAUGGAGACGGCGAAUACACGGAGACGAAGCGAAUAGUCACUGGCGGGAUCCCACCACGCCAGCCAGAGAUCCUUUCGGUAGUAUUACUCGGAGAUGAAGCGCCCUUGAGAGCUCGAGUUGAAUGGAAAAGACCUCAACUUGCACCUCUUGAGAGUCCUAUUGAU